GACAAUUCUCUCGGGUGGCUCGCCUUCAUAUGUCGUUUUCACCUGCCCAGACUAGAAGUCCUGAGGAAUAGAGCGUAUCUCUGUUGGUUAGUGAGAGAUGCAUGUAAAUGGGAGAUGGUGGUUUGGAAAUGAAUAUACUAGAUGACCUUGAGUCCCUGAAGUUUGAGUAUGGGAUUCCAGAGGAGGAGCGGUACUGGCUGUACUUACAGGGACGGUAUCGGGGAUUGAUGAUCAAAGGCUGUGCCCAUGCACUCUUCUUUUGCAAACUGUUCUGUACUUUGAGAGAAUUAUUACAAGAGGGUCGGCGUAAAAUACAUCCCCGAUCUGUAUCAUUCGACGCCGCUGUUGCUGAGGAUGAGAAGUUGAAGGUGGGCAUCAUCGGAUGCGGCCACCUUGGGAAGCAGCUGGUUAACGUACUGCUGAGACUUGUCCCCAUCCCUCCUGAGAGCCUGCAGAUCUCCACUCGGAGGCCAGAGUCCCUGGCUGAGUUCCAGAAACAAGGAGUCCGGUGCUUGUAUGACAAUCCUGCUGUGGCGAACUGGGCCAGCGUAUUGUUCCUCUGCUGCCUGCCCUCUCAGCUGCCUAAUAUCUGCUUAGAGAUCCAAUCCAAACUUGAGAAGACCUGCACCGUGUACAGCUUUGUAUCUGCCAUCCCGAUACCCAGGUUGAAACUUCUACUGAACCACACCAAUAUCUUGCGGCCCCAAUAUCACUUUGCUGAGGAUAUUGAUGAUAUCUGGGGAGAGAACAAGGAAAUCACAGAUGUUCUCCAAGAUCCAGUGGUUCUUCGGGCUACCUGCCCCUACAGUAAUGCGGGGGGAGUAAUCCUCAAUAUCAAAUGGCUGGAGGGGGUGUUCUACUCGGUCAUCAAUGUCUGCACCGCCCGGAACGUGUUUCACUCACACGUGCUGCACAUCCUCAACAAACUCUUCCUCUCCGUGCACUUAGAGAGCUGUGAGAAAGACAAAUCGUCCUGCCCCAAAUUUCAGCUAACAGAUUUUAUGAACAAGAGCUACGUCAAGAGCUUGUUUCAUAAAAGGCCUUUCCCCUGGUUUGAUCUGUCUGCUGUGCAAAGCAAGGAGACACCUUUUAGCCAGCACCUCGCGGCAACUCCUAUUCUCCAGGACCACCUUACUCUCCUAUACUGUGACUAUUUUGGCAUCUCCCUAACCAAAGAAGAACUACCAGAGGUUUCCAUGGGUUCUUCGCCCCAAGGGGGUGAGGGUUGACAGAGAGCCAUGCAUUGUGUUAGAGAAUUGUACUAAUGACUUGACUAUAGAAUAAAAGAGGUCUAUACACAUCAA